GACCCGUGCUAAAUAACAAAAGGGAGAGCAAGGUGAGUUAUCAAGAGAAUUGAUAUCGACGGCUGAGCCUCGUUUUGGUGCGAAAUGCUUACUACGUUUGUAGUUCUGUUUUUUCUGCAGUCGGUCUCCUCUAGGAAUUUGAACUUCGUUGACAGUCCGAAUCCUGCCGAUGAAGCCCCCUUAAACGGCUGUCAAAAUGAGGAGGAAUGCGAGUACGACUCGCGGCAGCGCGUGGGCCGCUCGAAUGCGCUUGCACAGAAGCGCCAAGUCGAAUGUGGCAGACUCCCGAAGAAACAUCGGCUAAACUGUGAUCUAUUUAUGGGCAAGAGAGGGCCUGAUUUCUCUAGGAAGACGUACGAGCGCUUUGCGAAUCCUUUACAGCUUCAAGACCCCGAUCCAAAAUGCACAAAAUUUACCUGUCGUUUCAACCCAAGUGGCAAAAAGAAAUUUAUGGUUAAGAAAGGUGUCCGUGUUACUGCACCGAAGGAGGAUAGCAUGGGUGAUGUAACCUCAGACACCAACUCAAAAGCUUGUACCAAUCCGGCAGAUUUGUUUUGCUACGGUAAUGGAGCUGGACGAAAGCGAUCGAUUCCUGAAAUAGAACAAAACUGCUCAGAUCCAGAAAAUAGUAAGUCUUCAAUAUGCCGCUGGGGAAGUCAAGGGAAAAAAAGUUUUUCCGGUUAGAAGCUGAGCACGAUAGAUGAUCUGAGGUGAUUUGAAUUACGACGUUAAAUAUAUAUGUGGCUGCCGUGAGCGUAAAAACAGAGCAAGUGUAUUAGUCAAGAGAAAUCGCUAUAAGUCUCCAUACUUCUUUUUUUUGCUGAUCCUAAACAAUGUAAAUUUCUGUGUUGUAAAUUAAAGCUGUGGAAUAAAAGCGUUUUUAUGUGCA